GCAAUUGGGAGCCAUCGAUGGUUCUGGAGUGGAGAUCUGGCAAUAAUGAAAACCGUAAGUAAAUGAAUCUGGCAGCCGCAGCCAGGAUGGAUUGUGGGGUCAUGGGAAAUUGUUGGGCUAAUCCACUGGUUCUCCAACUCUCAUGCAUAUGGAGAGCCACGGGGGAGCCUGCCGCACCGGUGAGUGAGGGAAGCAGGGAGGGGGGUCAGGGGUUGUCAUUCCACAGGAACUAAAAGGAAGACAAGUUUCCGAAGAAGCAGAAGUCACAAGGUAGUGGCAGGACACCUCUGCUCUCCCACCUCCUCCUCUGCGUCUGACUGGCAAAGUAAUACUCGCCUUCCACACGCAGCCCCGCUGCCGCCACCAUGCAGCCCUCUAGGGCUUUCUCCCAGGUGGAACCUCUCUCUCCCCUGCUUGACGUGAGGCCUGCCGCCGGGCCACCACCUCCAUUCUAGCCCAGUCGCCUCUGUUUAUGCUUCUGAAGUCUUGACCGUGGCGAAGUGUGGAAUGUGAAGCACCCGGAAUGCUGUUUCCAAACGGCCACGUGGAGAAGCUCCGAGAAGUUCGGCUCAGAUAUUGUGUCUGAUUGGUCUCCUAUGCAUGAAGCUGCUAUCCAAGGACGUCUGUUGUCUCUGAGAAGCCUCAUCAACCAGGGGUGGCCUGUGAACCUCAUCACAGCAGAUGGUGUGUCCCCACUCCAUGAAGCCUGCCUUGGAGGUCACGUCUCUUGUGCAAACAUUUUAUUAAAGCAUGGAGCUCAGGUGAAUUGUGUCACCACCAACUGGCACACUCCUUUGUUCAAUACCUGUAUCAGCGGCAGCCUGGACUGCAUGACUCUGCUUCUACGUCACGGUGCCAGCCCCCACCCGGUGAGCGACCUGGCAUCUCCCAUCCAUGAAGCUGCUAAGAGAGGCCACGUGGACUGCGUCGAGAUCCUGGCAGCUCACGGAGGCAACCUCAACCUCAACAUCAGCCACCUGGGCACCCCUCUGUAUGUGGCGUGCAGGAAACAGCAGGUGGCCUGUGUCAGGAAGCUUCUGGAGUCAGGAGCAAGUGUGAACGAAGGCCGAGGUCUGGACUCCCCUCUUCACGCAGCGGCCAGGGCAUCCAAUGGGGAGCUGGCCAUCCUGCUCAUGGAUUUUGGAGCGAACCCCCAGGCCAGGAACGCUGAUGGCAAAUGUCCCUUGGAGUUGGUGCCUCCAGAGAGCCCUCUGACUCAGAUCUUCUUGGAGCAUGAAGGGCCUCCUUCUCUGCUGCAGCUGUGCCGCCUUCAAAUCCGGAAGUGCUUCGGAAUCCAGCAGCAUCAUAAGAUCAACGAGCUCUUUCUCCCAGAGGAGCUGAAGCGUUUUCUCCUACACAUGUAAAUGAGAUAUCUCAAAAUCUCUGGGGGAUAUCACAGGCCGCACACGAAUGUGGUUGAAUGUUGUGGCCACCGGCAUUGUGAAAUAAAUCCAGGUUUAUGAAGCUUGGCUAA